GAAUUAUCGUCACACAGAGGGUAUUAUCAGUCUGCCUAGUUUUUUCCCGUUCGGCUAUAUAAUUCACUCAUCAUUUGAAACUGCAACAAAAGGAAAAAUAUUUCACACAAAAAAGGGCGUACCGGAUUCCAAUAAUGCCAGACUACCCACGAAAGCAGUAGGAGAAUAGAGAUUUAUUCGCAAAAAUACGAACGGGAAAAAAAACAAACCUUUAGUUCAUAAUUCAUUAUACUCGUGGAACCGUUACGACAAAUUCAAAGCAGCACAGCUAAGUGUAAAAUCCGGAUUUGGAAAAUCUCUGCAUUUGAAAUGUGUUAAGCAAAGUGAAAUUAAUUCUGUGCAUAAUUCAUUGAAAAGCCAUAGAAAGUGGAAAGCGGGACGCUGCAUUAAAACUGUGGAAAACAGAAAAAAAACAACCUGACCGUAUUUGUGUGCAUCAAAUCAUAAUGAUGAAAGAAAACUUAGUCAUCGAAACCGGUAGCAAGGUUGAGCUACUAGAGCAGGACCAUUCACAAUCCCUUUGGAAAACUGGGACAUUUGUGCUGAACACCGUCAACCAUAUGUUCAUCGGAUUCGUUUGCAUCUACACCGCCUGGAUUUGCUACGUUAACGGUUUCGAGAAAAUCUUUACCUGGCACGUGCUGCUGUGCGUUUUUGGAUUUCACUUGCUCAUGGCCGAAGCCAUCCUGCUGUUCUACUCCGGAAAUUCGUGGUCCCAGAUUCUACAACAACCUCAACGACGAACAAUCCACACCGUAUUACAAGCUCUCGGUGGUGUUUUCAUCAUUGUGGGAAUCGCUCUAGAAAUUUACUGGCGCGAGAUAAACAACAAACGGCACUUCCAUGGAGCUCAUCCCAUUCUGGGUCUAAUAGCCCUGAUCCUGGUAACCAUUUCCAUGUGCAAUGGCUUAGGAGCGCUGUACGCAACGGAGCUACGAAUGAGCAUCAAACCAAUUUACCUGAAGUUUGGACACAGCUUAUUGGGUCUGAUAACCUUUGUCAUUGGGAUGUCGGCAAUCGUGUUGGGCUUCGAUUUCAGAGUUUUUCGAGAAAACUCCACACCGGAACUGCAGACCACACUGAAAGUGUUCACCAUUCUCGUUAUAUUUCUGUCGGUUCCGGGGGCCCUGAGAACAAUUGCAUCCCAAGUGAAGACGAUGAUGAAAUAA